UCAAGGAGGCAGGGUGUAACCAGAGCUCGGGGCUGGUGCUGCUUUCCAUAUUACUAAGAAACAGCCAAAUCUCAGAAUCCGAGGCGAUCAUGGUGCCUUUUUCCUGCUGCUGGGAGCUGCAGAUCGUUGCCUGCAUUGUCUUAUUCCUGCUGUUUAUUUCAAUAUACAACAGCAGUACAAGCAGACAUAAUGGCUUUGAUCCAGAAGGAAAAGCCGUGCUUAUUACCGGCUGCGAUUCGGGCUUUGGGAAUAUGUUAGCUCACAGAUUACUGGAAAUGGGCUUCACGGUGUUUGCUACCUGCCUGGAUCCAGGUGGAAAGGGAGCUCAGUCACUUAUGAAGAAAUCUACCCCUGACCGGAUUAAGAUUGUCAGGCUCGAUGUUACAAGCGAUACAGAGAUGGAUGAUGUUAAGCAAUUUGUGCUCAACAACCUUCCCGAAAAAGGCCUGUGGGGAUUAGUAAACAAUGCAGGUAUAUCCACAUGGGGCUUUGCUGAGUGGAUUCACAUGGACCAAUAUAAGAAAAUCAUUGAUGUUAAUAUGCUUGGAAGCAUUAGGACAACGCUAGCAUUUGCACCACUUGUCAGAAAGUGCAAAGGGCGGAUGGUGUUCUUAUCCAGUAUAAAUGCCAUCAUAAGUUCACGAAACGGAGUCUAUUCCAUGACAAAGGCUGGUAUCGAAAAAUUCUGUGAUUCUCUCAGACUAGAAAUGAUAGACUUUGGAGUGAAGGUGUCCAUUAUUGUGCCAGGAAAUUAUGCACGAGCCACAAGUAUCCAGGGCCAGAGAUCUGCAGAAGAAGUGUGGAACUCCAUCCCACCUCAUGUAAAGGAAAUUUAUGACAAAGAAUAUGUGCAAAAAGUAACAGACUUUGUUAACAAAGAACUUCUCAGCGGAAGUGAUAAGGCAUAUGAGGUCAUAGAUGCUAUUGUUGAUGCUAUCACUUCAGAUAAACCAAAAGCUCGAUAUUUGGUGGCAAGCCUAAAGGAAAAGAUUGCGGUAUUUGUCUACUUAUAUUUUCCUACCUCUAUUGUUGACACAAUUUUAUCUAAAAUAAUGAGGAAAUGAUUAACUGAGAUAAACAUUUGUACAUGGGAUAGCAUUGUUUAACUAUCUCUAAUAUCUCCAAUAUCCCUUUUUCUAAUAGAUUAGAAAGUACAUCAUAUUUAGAGGUAACCUAAACCGAGACAAAAGGGAAUCCUUAUCUAUACUGAUAUAAAUCUUUGUUAUUCUAUCUUUUAUCCUUUAGGUGAAUGUAGCGAGAAAAAGAAAGUGUCUAAAACAAUCAUAUAUCAAAGUCUUUUUGUAGAGAAAACAAAUCAAACUAGUGACACUGAACAGCAAGAAGCUGGCCUGAAUGUAUAUUUUUUAUACAGUUUAGUGUUAAUUGGCAUGGGUCCGUUGAUAAAAUGCUGCGCCACCCCAAUAAAACCACACCAAGAUAUGCACACAAAAAA